GACAAUCUAAGUAUGGAACCUCGUCUCGCAGGAACAGAUGCAAAUUGUCUGUAUUAUCGACGCAUCAUUAUUCGUUGGUGGAGUCGAACCUUGGCCUGGCCAGAUGAUCACGGUUUUCGAACUCCGACUGAGCAGCAGUCUGUAUAAGAAGCCUCAUUGUUGGCCUCGUGUGCUUUUCUCCAUCAUCUUGACAGUCGCUGACGACAAAAUACACAAGGACUCAGAGGCGAAGACAUCAAACAGUGUUUAGGACCAGAAGAUGAAAGAAGAAACACCCAGAAAAAGGUGCAGGAAGGCCAGGGUACCAAGUGAAGACCCUCGUGCCAGGCCGGUGUUAGCAAUAUUCAGUGUCCCUCCAUCGGCCACACUGUUUAAAUACUUUCUUUGCAGGCACCACUUUGGGGAAUAUCCCGGAGCACCUUUCGGGACAACAUGGAAUGAUCGCGCAGAAUGUUUUCAUGCUGGCGUACAUCGCCAAUUGGAACCUGGUAUACAUGGCACUAAGGAAAUGGGCGCAUUCUCGAUUGUCGUCUCGGGUCAAUACAAAGAUGACAAGGAUGAGGGGGACACGAUCUUUUAUACAGGUUCAGGGGGUCACGAGCCCGGUGAUCGUGUCCGUGACCAGGAAUGGACGGAUUUUGGAAACGAAGCACUUCUUAAAUCUUCCAAAACAAGCAACCCCGUGCGCGUCAUUCGGGGCUACGAGCUCGAAUCCGAAUUUGCGCCCUGGGAAGGCUUUCGGUAUGAUGGCUUGUACAUCUGUAAACGUGUAAUAUUGUUCUUAAUAUUUACAUACAUCCGUUGAGCACUGAUCAUCGAUCCUUUGUCUUCAAAGGCGUGGCAAGAAAAGAACAGAGACGGACAUUAUGUCAUCUGUCGUUACCUUAUGGAGAGAGUUCCAGGCCAACCACCCUUACGCCGUCGUUCACCGGUUGUCGGCCUUUACAUGCCAAUACCAGGCUUCGAAGACGUGCAGCCGCUAGCGCCAGGGCCAACUCCAGUAAAUGGACGCCA